ACGCAAGAGAGAGGAUGUAACUUGACUAAUAGAUGUUGAUCGAGAAUCUUUAUUCCAAAACUUGACUUGAAAAGUCUUUGAUGAUCAUAUGUCCCACUUAAAUCUCAGCAAUUUCCAGUGAGAGAGAAACACACAACCACACAUAUGACAUAUCUAUAAACAAGUGCUGAUCACUGUAUUCAUGCAUACAACCCAAGCAACAAAUUAACACCUUUAUACCAUUUACCAUGACCAUAUCAAAUUUCAUCUCUCAUCUGUACCUUUCCUUGUUUCUACACAUAAUCAUUGCCACCACACUCGCCGCCACCGAUCCCCCACCUAUCUACACUCCGGUGGAAGAUAUCACUGUCAUCUACACUCCGGUGGAAGAUAUCACUGUCAAUUGUGGCGGUUCCGGCCUGUUAUUUAAUAAAUACGAUCAACGAAAUUGGAAUGGAGAUAUCAGCUCAAAGUUUACCCCCAUAGACCUACACCGAGCAGCUGGUAGUAACACAUCCAUGUCCAAAGAAGCACCUCGCUCGUUCUCUGUCCCCCAAAUUCCUUACACCACAGUUCGGCUUUCUCGCUCUGAAUUUACUUACAGAUUUAACCUCACCGCCGGCCAAAAGUUCAUCCGCUUGUACUUUUACCCUGUUUCGUACCCUGACUUUGACCGCUCCGAAGCGCUCUUUUCUGUCAAAGCAGGUGGAUUUACCUUUCUCAACAACUUCAAUGCUUCUGUCAAUGCCGAUGCCGAUGCUUAUGAGGAGGGGACAUUAUACAGAGAAUUCUGCAUCAACAUUGAGGAAGAAGAACAAAUUCUAAACAUCACAUUCACUCCCAGUCGAAGCAAAGCAAGCCCGGAUGCGUAUGCGUUUAUCAACGGAAUUGAAAUUGUGUCCAUGCCCCCAAAUCUUUACUACACUGCACCAGAACACCCCUAUGGGAUUGAAAUCAUAGGCACCGAAAAUACGAUUCGCGUUGAAAACAGCACUGCUAUGGAGACAGUUUACAGAAUCAACGUAUACGGACGCGGGUUGUUUUUCAAUGAAGACACCGGCUUGUACCGCAACUGGGAGGGUUAUUCAUUUGAGCUAACUUACUUGGAUGAUGCAAGUUUUUGGUCGAGCGUUCAAGCACAAAACCCAAGCCUUCAUCUCGAGUUUCAUCUCCACUUUGCAAAAACACCCAACUACUCCGCUCCGGAGCAACUUUACAAAACCGGGAGGUCAAUGGGCCCGGACGCCACCAUCAACCAGCGGAACAACCUCACCUGGGGAUUUCCUGUCCCUCCCAAGUUUUAUUACCUGGUUAGGCUUCAUUUUUGUGAGUUUCAGGCUGAAAUUAGAGAGAUUGGUGACCGAGUGUUUCUGAUCUACAUAGCCAAUCAAACGGCUGAAACAGGAGCCGACAUAAUCCAGUGGAAUGGCGGGAAUGGGAUUCCAACGUACAGAGACUAUGUUGUGUUCAUGCCUUCCGGCACGGGAAACGAGGAGAAAGUAUUUCUCUACGUCACACUGCAAGCAAACCCUCAACAUUGGAAGACUAAGUACUUGGAUGCAAUUUUGAACGGGCUGGAGAUCUUCAAACUGAAUGAAACAAAUGGUAGUCUCGCUAGACCAGACCCCGAUCCCCCACAUCCUCAUCCGCAAGAAGUGAGCCCAUCAAGCAAAAAUCUUUCCAAGUCAAGGACUCAUUUUAUUGCCGUUGUUGCUGGUGCAGUUUCCGCCGCACUCGUAGUGUUUUCCGUACUAGGGUUACUCUUGGUUUUUAGACACCGACGGAAAUAUGCCAAGGGCUACGUACACUCUAGCCGCAGAGCGGCAAACUCAACCAAGUCACGGGGCGGCUCAACUUUGCCGUCCGAUUUGUGUCACUACUUUUCGCUAAAGGAGAUCAAAGCCGCCACCGAAAACUUCAAUGAUACUUUCAUUAUUGGUGUUGGUGGAUUUGGCAAUGUGUACAAAGGGUAUAUCGAUGGUGGGGCUACCCCGGUUGCGAUCAAACGACUGAAACCCGAGUCUUCACAGGGGGCCAACGAGUUCAAGACAGAAAUUGAGAUGCUCUCCCAACUCCGCCACCGCCAUUUGGUGUCUCUCAUCGGAUAUUGCACAGAUGAAAAUGAGAUGGUCUUGGUGUACGAUUACAUGUCACGUGGGACCCUGGCCGACAAUCUCUACCACUCUAACAACCCGCCUCUGGCCUGGGGACAACGCCUCCAAAUUUGCAUUGGCGCCGCGCGAGGGUUGCACUACCUUCACAGCGGUGCCAAGGGCACUAUCAUCCACCGUGACGUGAAAAGCACCAAUAUAUUGUUAGAUGAGAAAUGGGUGGCCAAGGUUUCGGAUUUCGGGUUGUCAAAAAUGGGAAUGACCACCGCUUCCAAGACUCACAUCAGUACAAUGGUCAAAGGAAGUUUUGGGUAUUUGGAUCCAGAAUACUACAGACGCCAGCAGCUUACUGAAAAGUCUGACGUGUACUCAUUUGGGGUGGUUUUGUGGGAAGUAUUGUGUGCAAGGCCAGCGCUGAUGCAUAAAGUGGAGCCGAGGGAAAUGAACCUCGCAGAGUGGGCCAAAUUUUGCCAUGGAGAGGGAACACUUGAUCAAAUCAUUGAUUGUAACUUGAAGGGUAAAAUUGACGCCGAGUGCCUGGAUAGAUUCAUUGAGAUUGCUAUUAGUUGCAUUCAUGAUAAAGGAGUGGAACGACCUUCGAUGAAUGAGGUUGUGAGGGGGCUUGAAUUUGCAUUGCAGCUUCAUCAAAAAAGCAUUGCAAGUAAUGGUGACGGUGGCGUUAGUACUGAACAAGGUUGUGCUAGCAAUGAAUCCAUUCAAUGUAUAUCCGCGACAAUCUUCUCUGAAGUUGAUGAUCCGAAAGGAAGAUGACGCGUGCAACGUUUGGCCAAAAAGCAAUUGUAUUUGAAUACAAAACUAAUUCAAGAGAAUUAUGUUCCAACUGCAUUCUUAAUCACUGUACUCAGUACUAAACUGUCCGAAUCCGAUAUGAUUAGUUUCGACUUUGUACA